AUUUUCCUACAUUCAUUUCUUUCUCUUCUUUGAUCAUCUUUACCUUGUCUGCUUAUUUUACUUUUACAGAAAUUACAAAAUAUUACUAGAACAAAACUUUGAAAAUCCGGAAAAGGAGCACCCACGAUGCCUCGACCAACCCUCGACUUCGAUGCACGAGCGGCAAGCGAACCACUCCUCCGCACUACCAACGCUGCACGCAGACAUCUUACAAGCUUCUGGGAGGGAUUUGUCGAUUUCGCAUUCAAUGAUAAUGUUCUGCACGUUGCUAUUGGUUUGAUGUACGCAUUCCCUCUCAUCCUAAUCCAUCACUUCUAUUUCCCUAGUGUCCAACGCACUCCACAUGUGACCAUCUUCCUCAAAAACUCACAAACAUACAGAAUAGCGCAAUCUUUCACAACUUUAAUCACCUCGCUGGUGUCAUCCGUUCUUCUUCCACCGCUAUCUCUACUUCCAUUUUUGAACAAAAAUUUGGAUGAGAAAUUCGCUGUUCUGAGACCUGGUCCCCACUAUGGCGGUACUUUGCACAACCAUACUGAAAUUGGCGGUGGAGUAGGCGAGGGCGUGGAAGGAAAUGGUACUGUGGUUGUACAGAUGGGUAUUGAAUUCUUGUAUGGGGCGGGAUAUAACACGCUGAAGCAGGCGUUGGAUGAUGGGGCUAUUGUUUUGGCUUGGGGGUGCGUUGUUCCAUUUGCUUCUUUCUAUCCUCUACACUUUCUUUCGUCAUUCCUCUAUUUCCGCUACCUCAUUUUCGAGCUCCAAGCUAUUUUCAUCCCCCGACCCUUUCUUUUCCCUCACCAACUAGACUAAUGUGACUCCCAGCUCUUUCCUAAACAACGUAAUAAACUUCAUAGGCGUCGGUCUCGCACUAUACGGCAUCGCCGUUCUCUACCAAUAUUUCAGCCAAGAUAAUGCUAUAAUCAAACAUAAUGUCCGCUGCAAAUAUUGCCGCAAGAAGAUUUUCGAGAAGGUUUGUUCCCUUCUUCUUUCCCCCCCUCUUUCAUUCCCUCCUCUUUGAUAUCCCCUUUUCAAAUCUCUACCUUUUCCCUCCUCCACCCCAAUCUCCUUUCCUCCCUCAAUCUCCUUUCCCCCCUCUUCCAAUCCCUCAUAUUCCCCUUCAUAAUCUAUCCCGUCCAAAAACAAAAAUUCUAACAACGCCAGGCACUCCGAUGCGUAUUCUGCAGCUCAUGGCAAGACGGCCGCGAAGAUCUUCCUCCCACUCCUCCUGCUCCCGCUGCUCCCAGAUAAUCUUUCUCCCUCCCCUUUCCUUCCCUCCCCUUCUACAUUACUUCUCACCUACGACAAUAAAAUGCGAACAAGAUUAUGGAAUUGGUAAAUCGGUAAAUUGUUACUCGAGAGUAGAACAGAUGAUGAGGCGUUAUACAUAGGUACAGAUGUAUGCUGUAUGAAACCAUGCGACGGAGUUUAGUGAUGAUAAAUUGACAAUGGAGCGCGGUGUUAAGACGGAAGGGUUGCUUUUGGCGGUUUGAUUAUGGGGAUGUUCAAAAGCGUGGGAGUUUAAGGGCUGCUGCUUACUUAAAAAUUGAAAGAUUAAAACUUUGCAUU